UUCUCAUUACUCAGGUCCAUAUUUUUCCGAUCCUGGUUCGAUUUUGACGCGCCUCGGAAAUCCACGGGCGGUGAAAGAGCUAUUGAUUGGUUUCGAGUCUCGACAAACCCCGGAACUCCACGGGUUGUACAAAAAACGUUCGAGCCUCUGACGCUUCUUCACGGAGCACUGCGGAUACGACCCCACAUCUAUAUCCCGGUCUACCACCGCACUGGAGGCGAGGCACCAAUGUAAGCACUGAUCCCAAUCAUGAGGAGACAGCGGAACAAGCGGAACCUGGAAAGCAAUCUCCGACGGUGAGCGUGAGCAAAGCGCAAAGAAAGUGCGGGGACAGUCCCGGGCAAGGGGGCGGCAAAGCACAGCAAAGAGGUGAGGAGACAGCGGCACAAGCGGAGGCUGGAGAAAGCGAUCUCUGAUGGUGAGCGCGAGUAAAGCGCAAAGAAAGCGCGGGGACGGUCCCGGGCAAAGGGGUGGCAAGGCACAACGAAGAGGCGGUGAGCUAUCACUGAGCACGGGCUACUCGUGCUUGAUGGUGGUGACAAUUGAGGCGUCCGAAGCAUAAUGCAGCUAAUAUAUACAUUUAGAAUGAAGGACGAUGUACUACGACCAUUAAAUAGCACGUCCGACGUGAGCGCGGGGCUGACGCGAUGAGCAGCGACGAUAUCAUUGAUCAGAUCUGUGCACAAGCUACGCCCACGCCCCCAUCACACAAGCCAAGCCCGGCCCGCUAAUUUUAAACUCCGACAUGGGGCACAAGCCUGGUUGACAAGCCGGUAUAAUAAGUCUCAAACCCGCCCCUCCGGCAUGGAACCCAUCAUCGAGAAUCCGAACCCCCAUGUGCACUUAGACCGGCGCGGAAGGUUACUCCCACCCACCAUCACUUCUCUGUCGUCCGGGUCGAUGCGUAUAUAUAACGCAAGGCUUCGAGCACGCGGCUCGAACGCCAGGACCCCCCGCCCAUACCCAUGCUGCGCUUCCCAUCGUCCCUCUCCGUGCUCCUUACGGCUAUCAGCGUGCUGCCGCGCGCCGCGGCCGUGCUGGUCGACUUCCAGGUCGCGGUGCCCCCGAUCGUCCCUACGCACGCGAAGCAGUGCACGGUCGAGAUCUUCACACACGAUUUCGCGCAGUUCGGGGUCGCCGCGCUGGCGGACUACACACCGCCGACGGAUUGCGGGGAGCCGGGGACAUGGGCCGCGAUCUCGCUGAACUUCACGGUCACUAGCAACGGUGUGUCUCCGAGCUUGACUGCAUUGUACCGUGGCUUACUGCCGAAAGGAACGCAAUUCGAUCGACUCGGCGUAUUCACCUUCCAGAACGUCGAAAUCUGGCGGACAUCGACCCCGGAACCAACCGCGGCUGGCAUUAUCUGGACUUACGUCAAGGACGUGACGAAAUACACCCCGCUGUUCGCUAAGCCGGGUCUGUUUAUCGGACAGCUGGACAACAUCAUCGAGACGGGAUUGAACGGGAUUUACUCGAGUACUAUGACGGCGACAUUCUACGCCUCUUCGCCCGCUGCUCCUCCGGCGAAACAGGCUGAUUUGAUCAUUCCGCUGUCAACACUGCUGAAUACGACCGGAGACGCAGCUUCCGUGCCUCCCGCCUUCUCAAUCGAGGUGACGCUCCCCCAGAAUACUAUUGAAGUAUAUGCCGAGCUGUAUCCCUCCGGCAACGGCAACGAAGGUUAUUUUAGUUGCGAUAAAAUUAAACUGAAUCUCAUUUCGACUUGCAGAGUUCUGGGUGCGCUUCGAACCAUUGUUGAACCAGACUGUGAUGAUGCUGAGGCCCGAAACAAGUACACCAAUGUCGCCAACAGGUUCUUGUCGGAGGUACCAGGAGCGCUAGGACAAGGUCCUUUCCGUGAAGUUCGACUACUGAUCGACGGACGCGUCGCUGGUGUUGCAUUCCCGUAUCCGGUAGUGUUCACGGGUGGGGUAUCGCCAACUUGCUGGCGCCCGAUCACCUCCUAUGGAGCCGUAGAUCUCCCUAGCUACUUCCUGGACGUGACCCCGUUCGUGCCUCUGCUCGUCGACGGAAAACCACACAACUUCACGAUCGAUGUCGUCUCGGCGGAAGCCAACCACGCGAUCCUCGCGAACUGGUUCGUCUCCGGCAACCUCCAAGUCGUGACCGACGCGUCAUCCGCCCCGACGACGGGCCGCAUGAUCUCUUACUCGGCGUCGCCGUUCGCUGCGACGACGAGCAAGGCGACCACGCGCAACGGGGACGUCGAUAUCUCCGCGGCCGCGACGCGGCACCUCGAGAUCGUCUCGGAGAUCGUCAGCGGGAGCGGAGUAACGACGCAGGUCGAGUGGGCGCAGAAUCUGAGCUUUGUCAAUGACCAGGCGUAUUUGAAUAACUUCCUUGUGCAGAACGUCUUCCAAGUGUCGUCUGGUAUCGCACGCUCGUUGCACAACGGGGUCCCCGCGGUGCUCGACAACUUUACGUUCCCGUUUACGCUCAAUUUCACAUCGUUGAACGCAGCUGGAACGUCAUUCUUUGCGGGUUUCGAUCACUCGUACAACCGACACCUGACGCCCAGUCCGUUCCUGUUGAGCACCACCAUCUCAGAGCGACAAAUGGCCGGCGGCGCAUUUACCAUCGCAUCGACCGGAAACUUUGGGAGCAACGGCACCAGCGAGAACACGAUAAGCUACGUCGACGCCGCGGGCAACACGUUCGCGCGCCAAGUCAACGCCGCAUCCAAUGUCAUCACGCUGGACCACCAAAGCGGCACGCUCAGCGCUAGCAGUGUCGCCCCGGCGCCUUUGGCUCAACCUGGCGUGGUUGGCGGAUCGGACGAGUCGUUUGCGGCGGCGAGGCUUCCAGCGGCGCUUCAGGCGCGGAUUUCAGGCCAAUGAUUGCGUUUAUCGAUAAGACACGCGUUAGUCUGUCUGAUCAACUCAUCUGGGCCUUUGCGUGGUACGUCGAGAGUUCAGGAAAUAAUGAAUGAAAUACCAUUCUGCUUCGUUCGAAGCGUGCAUCCUGGAUGGUCAUCGAAUAGACUGGAAGCAGAUUGAUUGAUGUUGGGUCACGUGGGACGUUCCUUACGCGAUCACGUGUUAUCCCCUCCAUACCUCUUCCUCAGACUUUGACGAAACAACGAAUUCAGUUCUUAUCCUGGGCAGCUGAAAAAAACAUCAGCAUCAAAUUAACAGAGAGCGAGACCGCAGAGCUGGUUCAUUUGCAUGACAGUGUUCGUAUGUGAGGUGCUUGGGGCAGAUAAGAGGCUGGUCAGAUCUUCCUUUCCG